ACGUGGCGCCCAAUGCCCUGUUCGUCCCGAACGGCUUAGGCCAGGAAGGGAAGGAAACUUCUGUGUCCAGCUGUGCCCACCGGGAGCAAUUCAGGAGAGGCCGGGCAGCAAACCCGAGGGAAAAGGGCAUUCGGUGCCUGACGCUGUAGGACAAUGACGGGAAAGCACCGGCUUUAGGAAGAACCUCUCCUCUCACUGAUCCCGACUGUUCCUAGCAGGUUUUCCACCAAAGUUGUAAUUCACAAGAAUGUGGCUGAAUCUGAUGCUGUCCUGGAUCUUCUCACUUGGCAUCUCCAGGUCAGGAGCGAACAGCCUGAGGCCUGGCCCUGGCAGCAGAGUCCCUACUCCGCAGCCCAGCUGUGGCAUGCUAAGCCUGCACCCCACAGUGGCCUGCCUCGGCACCCCAUUGAUGGCCUCCUGCACCCUUGACCCCAGCUGCCUGCAGAUCGGCCAUGCCCGCCCGGGCGAUAUUGUCUGGAGACUGAACGGAGAGACAAGGCAGCUACCGCUGAACCAGAGCAUCGUGGGAAACGGCACAGUCACCGUGGUCUCCGUUCUCCAGGCAGAGCGGUCCCGUGGAGAGCUGAGCUGUUACCUGCCUCACCGGAGCAGUCUGCACCUGCUGGGUCUGGCCGAGUACCAGGCUGGAGUCCCGCCAGCAGAGCUGCAGGUGGAACAUUGCGUCAGCUUCUGGGGGGGGAACAUCACCUGCUACUGGGACCCUGGGCCGGAGACCUACCUUCCCACCACAUACACCCUCCACGUCACUGAAGAAGCAGGGCGCUGCCUGUGGAAGUUCAGAGACGCCGGGACGUGCGUCUCCAGCCGGGAGAGCCGUUCCUGCACCAUCCCUGUGGAGAACCUCUUCGCCUCUUUCCAAGUGAGGCUAACGGCCGUGAAUCUGCUGGGCCGGGCCAGCGCCGCGGACAAGUGCGUGCAUGGAAUGAGCAUUGUGAAGCUGAGCCCACCCGAGGUCAGCGCCACGGCGGACAGGAGCGACUGCUUCCUCGUGGCGUGGCGGCAGCCCAACGAGGAGCUGCUGCGCGUGACGGAUGCGCGGUAUGAGAUCCGGUACCGCGACGUGGAUGAGGCAUCCUGGACGCAGGUGGAUGUCACAGCCGCGGAGGACGCGCCCGCGUCGAAGGACGUCUGUGGCGUCUCGCCGUUCACCAGCUACUCCAUCCAGGUGCGAGCGCUGUACCAGAGCGACGCCUUCCCCUGGAGCGACGGGGGCCCCUCCUGGAGCGCCUGGAGCCACGAGAGAUUUGUGAGGACUCUGCCCGCGGUCCCGUCCAGAGGGCCGGCUCUUUGGAGGAGAAUAGCCACGCCCGACUCUGACGGGAGGAGUGAGAUCAUUCUGAUGUGGAAGCCCUUGCAGCCAAAGGAAGCCAACGGCAGGAUCCUGACCUACAGUCUCCGCUGGCAGCCAAGGGGGCAGCCGGCUGUCCUGGCAUGCCUCACCCGCUCCCUGCAGUGCGCUCUGGAGCUGCCGGCCUCCGAGGAACACACCUUCUUCCUCACCGCCAGCAAUUCCGUGGGCGAGUCCCCUGCUAGCAAGCUGUCGAUCCCGGCGGUGCAGGCCCAAGCAGUGCCGCCGCCGCUGCCAGUCCUGGUCUCUCCGGCGAGCGACCGCAGCCUCCUCCUGCAGUGGGAUCCCCCCGGCUUCGCUGCAGCAGCCUAUAUCUUCGAGUGGGGCCGGGCGUCUGAGAACCGGAGGCAGAACAGCAGCUGGCGCUAUGAGCUGGGGAACAUCAGCAGGGUGAUCCUGGCAGAGGCAAUUGAGCCGGGGUAUCUCUACAGCCUGACAAUCUUUGCCCUGAGCGAUGGAGCCGUCCGGGCUGCAGGAUCUACAAGCGCUUACUCCAAGCAGAUCGCUCCAUUCCGUGCCCCAGCUCUGCAUCCCACCCGUGUCUGGCCAUCCCAGGUGGAGGUGCAGUGGGAGGAGGUCCCAUUGGAGGAGCAAGGUGGCUUCAUCCGGAACUACACCAUCUCCUACGAGGAGCAGGGAAAAGACACCCAGGCCGUGGUGGUGAACGGCUCCGUCCGUCGCUAUCUCAUCGCGGGUCUGGCUCCUGACUCCGUGGUGAGGGUGGGCAUCUCCGUCAGCAACGACGGGGGAAGCACCCAGGGCUCUGUCCUCUCCAUCAGAACCAGAAGCCUUGACGAUGGGAAGGUCGAACUGUUGCUGUCCUCCCUGUGCGUGGGGCUAGUCGUCCUGCUCAUCACGGCCGCUCUGGCCUGCGUCCUCAAGCACCCCCUAAUACAGGGCUGCCUGUGGCCGCAAGUCCCUGACCCUGCGAAAAGCCACCUGGCCAGCUGGCUGCCACAGAAAAUGUGGCUGGACUUGGGGAACUUCCCAGCGGAGCAGAGCAGGAAGCAGAGAGCGGGGUAUCCCGACUUCCCGUUCUGGGGGGUCUCGGGAAUCAUCUGUGGCCAGCAGGAGGAGGAGAUGAUGUGCAAGUUCUUCCUGGAAAGCACCUGGGCAGCAGAGGCCUCUAGCGCCGGAGAUAAAUACAGGCAGCCUCUCCAGACCAUCCUCCUCCGGGGAGACGUGACCACCCCAGACCAUUCCCAGGCAAGACGCCAAAGCACGGUGGAAUAUUCCACAGUGAUCAUCUGGGCAUAUCCCGGUGAUGCCCCUCCAAGUUCUACUGCUCCCUGGCCCCAACCUACCCCGCAGAGCCCAGAGAGCUCUGGUCCCAGCUGUGAGCCUGGCUGGAGGAUCUGCUUCCAAAACCCAACCUGGGAGCCCCUGGAUGGGUCAUGCUGGCGAUGCGGCCAACAGCCGGAUGGAGGGCCUGCUUCCCUGGGGGCAUUUCCGCUCCUGAGGACCCUGGUGGUGGAGGGAUCUGGAGACCUCCAGCCUAAUGGAGAUCACCCUGCGGGCGCGCUCAGCCCAAUGACGCCCUAUCGGCCUCUGGAGAGAGACCUCCGCCUGGGGCACGCGUCCGAAUGAGGGAGGGCAAUAAGGCCGUCUCGGUGGAGUCUCACCCCACCAGGCAGAGGGGCGGGACGUCAAGCAGAGCCCAGCUCCCCGGGGGGUGGGAGUGAGAGCCCUGCUGGUAAAAACAUGGCCUUGAUACCGGGGCGGGCUGAAAACAGGGCCGGAGGGAGCCAUGUUGGCCUGGAUCUCCAUCCCCUGCCUCUGCCACCUUUUCCUCAUGCUUAGCCAGCCUGGGCCAAUCUUGUCCCGCUAGUGCAGCCUGCUGAUCCGUGUGUGUCGUCUCGCUCUCUGUGCCUGAGCUUUGGACGAGCUGAGCGUCUCCCAGGGCCUGGCUCCGGGGCCUGGCUCCUGCUCCGGAGGUUCACGCUCAGUGACGUCAAGCGAGACAGCGACCGUCCAGCUAGC